UACUCUUCAAAACCCUUUAGCUUUUCCAUGCUUCGUGUUCCGUUACGCUUUUUUUCUGGUUCAAAGUCUUUGCUUCUCAUAUCUCUUUAAUGAUGCCUAGCGUCAAUCCAGACCAGUCCGACAAGGAUUCCGAGCCCUUUGUCGAGAUCGAUCCGACGGGUCGUUAUGGUCGUUACACUGAGCUUCUAGGAUCUGGAGCAGUAAAAAAGGUUUACCGAGCAUUUGAUCAAGAAGAAGGCAUUGAAGUUGCAUGGAACCAAGUCAAACUAAGAAACUUCUCCAACGAUCCAACCAUGAUCGAUAGGCUUUAUUCGGAGGUUCGUUUAUUAAGAUCAUUAACCAACAAAAACAUAAUCUCAUUGUACAAUGUUUGGCGAGACGAGGAACAUAGCACGUUGAAUUUCAUAACUGAAGUGUGUACUUCUGGGAAUCUGAGGGAGUACAGGAAAAAACAUAGACAAGUUUCAAUGAAGGCAUUGAAGAAAUGGUCAAAGCAGAUUUUGAAAGGCUUGGAUUAUUUGCAUACUCAUGAGCCUUGCAUUAUUCACAGAGAUCUUAAUUGCAGCAAUGUUUUUGUCAAUGGAAACACUGGUCAGGUUAAGAUUGGUGAUUUGGGAUUGGCUGCCAUUGUUGGGAAGAACCAUUCAGCACAUUCAAUCCUUGGGACACCGGAAUUUAUGGCACCGGAGUUAUAUGAGGAACAUUACACAGAACUUGUUGAUAUAUACUCAUUUGGCAUGUGUGUGCUUGAGAUGGUGACCUUGGAAAUUCCCUAUAGUGAGUGUGACAAUGUGGCCAAAAUUUACAAGAAAGUUUCUAGUGGGGUGAGGCCUCAAGCCUUGAGCAAGGUUAGAGAUCCCGAUGUAAAAGCAUUCAUUGAGAGAUGCCUUGCUCAGCCUAGGGCAAGACCGUCAGCGGCGGACCUGCUCAAGGAUCCAUUUUUUUAUGAAGUUGAUGAUGAUGAAAAUGAUGAUGGAGUCUCUUCUUGACUAAGGCUUAUCAAUAUGUAGUAUGAACUCAAAUAGGCAUAGAUUUUUGUAUAAUUUUUAAUUAAUUGCUUUUUAAUCUUUGUAAUUAGGAUUGAUUUGGAUGCAAAUCCAAAUUAAUGAUUGCUUUUUCCCCUCAAAUCUCUCUUUCAAGUAGGUUAAUUGGAUAUAUAUAACUUGGGAGAGACUUUUGGGGAUUGGUUUGUACAUAGUGGUUUCAAAAACAGACAAUUUUCAAGUUUGAAUGGA